CGGAGCGUCUCUUUCCAUCCCGGAAGUAGAGAGGAAGACGGAAGCCGGCGAGGGACGUGCAAGCACUUGUUGUGAGCUUCGCCUUUUCCCUAUGGGGCUUUGAAUGGGGAUUGCUUCCCGGAAGCCAUGGAGGAUGAUGCUCCCGUGAUUUAUGGGCUCGAGUUCCAGGCACGAGCUUUAACACCCCAGACCGCAGAAACAGAUGCAAUACGGUUUCUGGUUGGAACACAGUCUCUGAAAUAUGAUAAUCAGAUUCACAUCAUUGAUUUUGAUGAUGAAAAUAAUAUUAUCAACAAAAAUGUUCUUCUGCAUCAAGUUGGUGAAAUUUGGCACAUAAGUGCCAGUCCGGCUGAUAAAGGGGUACUAGCAACCUGCUACAAUAAAACUUCAGACAGUAAAGUCAUGACAUGUGCGUCUGUUUGGAGGAUGCCGAAGGAAUUGGAAUCAGGCAGUCAUGAAUCCCCUGAUGAUUCAUCAAGCAACGCUCAAACCCUGGAGCUACUCUGUCACCUUGACAACACAGCCUAUGGCAAUAUGGCCGGUGUUGCUUGGGAGCCAAUGGGAGACGGCAAAAAGCUAAUUUCUCUGGCCGAUAACCACUUGCUUCUGUGGGAUUUGCAAGAAAGUUCAAGUAGAGCAGUGCUGUCAAAUUCAGUUGCAUUGGAAGGAAAGGGACAGUUAAAGUUUACCUCUGGGAGAUGGAGUCCACACCAUAAUUGCACACAAGUUGCUACAGCAAAUGAUACAGCCAUUCGAGGAUGGGACAUAAGAACGAUGAACCAAAUAUAUUGUAUUGAAAAUGCUCAUGGACAGCUGGUUCGGGACCUGGAUUUUAAUCCCAACAAACAGUACUAUCUGGCUAGUUGCGGAGAUGACUGCAAGGUGAAAUUUUGGGACACCAGAAACGUCAAUGAGCCAGUGAAGACACUAGAGGAGCAUUCCCACUGGGUUUGGAACGUCCGCUACAACCAUUCCCAUGACCAACUUGUGCUUACGGGCAGCAGUGACAGCAGAGUCAUCCUUUCCAAUAUGGUUUCCAUUUCUUCUGAACCUUUUGGGCAUCUGGUAGAUGAUGAUGAACUCAGCGACCAGGAGGACCAUAGUCAAGAAGACAAGAUUAAAGAGCCACUUCAGGACAGCAUAAUAGCUACCUACGAAGAACAUGAAGACAGCGUCUAUGCCGUGGAAUGGUCCUCAGCCGACCCAUGGCUAUUUGCCUCGUUAAGUUAUGAUGGACGGCUUGUUAUUAACAGAGUUCCCAGAGCUCUUAAAUACCACAUACUGUUAUAAAUCUCUUCGCAUUUUCGCGAGCUUCAUUAUCUUGGUAUUGGCUGAUAAUUGGAAAUAUUCUUAUUUCUCAAGUAAGUGUCAUAAAUGGAAUAUCAGCAUUCUGCCUCUAAUGUAAAUAUUUUAAAAUUAAAGAACUACUUUGAAAAUGACAUUUCCCCCUGUUUUCUGUUGAGCAGCAGGUAUAGUCAGGUUUUUAAUCCCCUUAAAUGAGAUGAUUGUAUGACUAUCAACAUUCAUUGUUGUGCUGUGUGAAUUAGUUGGACACUGAGGGUGAGAUCCUGCAUUGUGCGAGCAGCAGGCAGCUUGUACGGUGGCCCUUUUCCUGUCCUCUGCAACUACCAGUACCUUUUCGAAAGAGUCUCUCCAGAGCCUGCAGAACACUGUGAACUGUGUUGUAGUUGGGUGGAGAACAGGUGUGAAAUUGGUCUUAGGAGUCUUGCACUAUGCACACAAGGUUCAUUAUUUUGGCAUUUUCUUCCUGCCAUUUUAAGCCCCAAAAGAAAGAGUUCGUAGUGUUCUCUUGGUCUCCCCCAGCCCCAAACCUUCUGGAGGACAUUUGGUCUUCCCUCUGGAUUUCACCCUGAUGCAUAAAAUAUAUGGCGACGUAAAUGGGUUUAUAAAUUACCCUUCCAUUUCAGUGCUGUUUCAUUUGGAGCUUCUGCAGUGAAAAUCAUCUCUUGAAAACUGUCUCUCCCUUAAAUAACUAGACAUAGCUGUAAAGGAAUACAAGGCAAGAAGGGCAUAAGGAAGAGAACAAAUGAAAGAAAGGUUGAUGGAGGAAAACAUGUCAAACAUUUUGGCAGGUCAUACGGGAAUGCAGUGUUAUUCUAUGCAUGUAAACUCAAAAAUAACCAGUAAGACUUUCUCUUUGGUAUGUAGAUAUAGGAUUACAGUCUAACAGUUUAAUGUAAAGGAUAGGAAUUUUUCCUAUUUUAAGGCAUUUUUCUAAAAAUACUAGCAUUUAUUUUAAAACUGGAAAUAAAACAAUGCACAAAA